UGAACUGCAGCUACUGUCUCGUUCGGAACUAACAAGCCUCCACAAACUGGAUAUUUUUUCACAUAGGCCGAAUCAACUUUGAAUAUAUUGAUGCCAUUAGAUUAAAUACGGAUUUUCACCAGUGACAUAUACUUUACAUUCUUUUUUCCUCAAGAAUUUGCGGCAAGAAAUCUGCCCGUGGCUUACAGCUGAAUCGCCAGGAGCUGUCUCGUCUGGGAGUAUUGGAGUACCGUGAAUCUUUCUUAAAUGGUUAUCACACGAUCAUCGUCAUUACCAAUAUUAGUCAUCGCUGUUCCUGUUUCUGAUCGAUUUUUUCGUCGGAUUACUAUUGAUCUGGAUUAUUUAUCGGUUCACUGGAUUUGUUCUUCCACAUAUAGGCCAAUAAUAGACUGGAGAGGAGAUUUUUACAUUGGGUUCUCUGGGCAUAACAGCUAGUCAGAAAACCAAUUAAUAAAAAAAAAAAAUAAAAGCGUGAUGAUGCGUUCGAAACGGAGCGUUAAAAUAAUUCAUGCAUCGCUCAGAGCUUAAUUUGUAGACCUUGAUAUCCGUGGCGACUGUUUUCCGCUUUGUCUUGAAAUGGUAGGCUCACGGUAGCUUUCUGUGAUAAAAUAUUGUAUAUGAUAUGCGCGAAUGCUGUGGGAAUAAUUGUUUGGCUUUUGUUUAUGCAGUCCUGUUCUCGUUCUAAGUAUGUAAGCAUUUCUUGCAGUGCUCAAAUAUCUAUAUUUUGGAUGACGUGAAAAAUGGCCAGAAAAAAAAUGAGAUGGAGUGACUGGAUGUUGUCCCUCAGUCUCAGCCAUUUCGAUGAAAUCAGAUUUUCUAAGGCCGUGUUUACGACAUCGUUUUUAUCUAUACAGAUUUCCGUAGGGAUGUCCGUCGGGCAGUUCCAGGCUAUAGCAUAAUCGACUAAUAAGUGAGAAAAGAAGGACAUCAACAGGUUUUCAUCGCUUUAAGGACAUGUAUUUCUUUCAAGUGAUUCUGUGCAUUGUGGCGUGUUGGAGCGGCACCGAGGCCGUUUUCAAUCUGAAAUACACAGUAGAGGAAGAAUUGCGAGCGGGAACGAAAAUCGCCAAUGUCACGGCGGAUGCGAAAGUGGCUGGGUUCGUACUCGGGAAUAGGCAACCUUUUUUACGAGUAAUCUCCAAUUCCGAACCACGAUGGGUAAACCUAAGCCCGGCAGGACUGCUCCUCACUAAGCAGAAAAUUGAUCGCGACGCUGUUUGCCGCCAGACGCCGAAGUGCACAAUUUCUCUGGAGGUAAUGUCCAACUUAAUGGAAAUAUGCGUGAUUAAAAUCGAGAUCCUGGACGUGAACGAUAACGCCCCCCGAUUCCCCACGAGCCAUAUCGACAUCGAGAUCUCAGAAAACGCCGCUCCAGGCACGCGGUUUCCCCUAGAGGGUGCAAGCGAUCCGGACUCGGGAAGCAAUGGCGUUCAAACUUACACCAUCACCCCCAACGAUAUUUUCGGCCUGGAGAUCAAGACCAGGGGAGACGGAUCUAAAAUAGCAGAGCUCAUAGUAGAAAAGACUCUAGACAGGGAGACGCAGUCUCAUUAUAAGUUUGAAAUCACAGCUGAAGACGGAGGGGAACCACCAAAAACUGGGAAUGUACAACUUAACAUCAAAGUAAUUGACUCCAAUGAUAAUAAUCCUGUGUUUGAUGAGCCUGUUUACACUGUUAAUGUGAUGGAGAAUUCUCCUCUAAAUACAUUAGUAAUAGACUUGAAUGCCACUGAUCCAGAUGAAGGAUCAAACGGUGAGGUCGUAUACUCAUUUAUUAAUUUUGUGUCCAACCUGACUAAACAAAUUUUCAAAAUUGAUCCCAAAACUGGUGUCAUAAGUGUUAAUGGAAUUUUAGACCACGAAGAACUGCAUGUACAUGAAAUAGAUGUGCAAGCCAAAGAUCUGGGUCCAAAUUCCAUUCCAGCUCACUGCAAAGUGAUUGUUAAUGUAAUAGAUGUCAAUGACAAUGCACCAGAAAUUAAGCUUUUGUCUGAAAACAGUGAGAUGGUAGAGGUCAGUGAGAAUGCACCUCUUGGAUAUGUCAUUGCACUGGUUAGAGUUUCAGACAGUGAUUCGGGUGCAAACGGCAAAGUGCAGUGUAGACUGCAGGGCAACGUGCCUUUCAGACUCAACGAGUUUGAGAGCUUCUCCACGCUACUUGUUGAUGGCCGACUAGACAGGGAGCAGAGAGACAUGUACAAUCUUACAAUCUUGGCUGAGGAUAGUGGUUAUCCCCCCCUGAGAAGUUCAAAAUCUUUUGCAGUUAAAGUAACAGAUGAAAAUGACAACCCUCCUUAUUUCACAAAGCCACAUUACCAAGCAAUGGUGUUGGAAAACAAUGUACCAGGUGCGUUCCUACUUGCAGUGUCUGCUAGGGAUCCUGACAUGGGAAUGAAUGGCACAGUGGCUUAUGAAAUCAUUAAGUCAGACGUUCGGGGAAUGUCAGUGGAGUCAUAUGUUACUGUAAAUUCAAAUGGUGAAAUUUAUGGGGUCAGGGCUUUUAAUCAUGAAGACACAAGGACAUUCGAAUUUAAGGUCUCUGCCAAAGAUGGGGGAGAUCCCUCCUUAACAAGUAAUGCUACUGUGCGCAUUGUUGUUCUGGAUGUAAAUGACAAUACACCUGUGAUGACAACCCCAUCGCUUAUUAAUGGCACUGCAGAAAUUUCAAUCCCCAAAAAUGCUGGAGCUGGUUAUUUGGUUACUCAAAUCAAGGCUGAUGACUAUGAUGAGGGUGAAAAUGGAAGACUGACAUAUUCCAUCUCAGAGGGAGACAUGGCAUACUUUGAAAUUGACCAGAUUAACGGUGAAGUGCGGACCACUAAAAUAUUUGGAGAAAACGCCAAACCCUCCUAUCAAAUCACUGUUGUGGCCCAUGACCAUGGCCAGACAUCUUUAUCUGCUUCUGCAUACAUCAUUGUCUACCUUUCUUCAGACCUUAACACACAGGAACAGAUUGGACCAGUAAACCUGUCCCUCAUCUUCAUCAUCGCUCUGGGUUCUAUUGCUGCAAUUUUGUUUGUCACAAUGAUCUUUGUAGCUGUGAAGUGUAAAAGGGAUAACAAGGAAAUUCGCACAUACAACUGCAGUUUUCUUUACUUGCGCAGGGUGGCAGAGUACUCAUAUGGAAACCAGAAGAAGUCGAGCAAGAAAAAGAAACUGAGCAAGAAUGAUAUUCGCCUGGUGCCACGUGACGUGGAGGAGACAGACAAAAUGAAUGUGGUGAGCUGCUCUUCCCUCACAUCCUCACUCAACUACUUUGACUACCACCAGCAGACACUGCCACUGGGUUGCAGACGCUCUGAGAGCACCUUUCUCAAUGUGGAAAGCCAGAACUCAAGAAAUUCUGCACCAAACCAUGGCUACCACCACACCUUUACCAGGCAAGGCCCACAGCAGCCUGAUCUCAUCAUCAACGGCAUGCCACUGCCAGAGACAGAGAAUUAUUCCAUUGACUCCAGCUAUGUAAACAGCAGAGCACAUCUCAUCAAAAGUACAUCAACAUUUAAGGACAUGGAGGGUAACAGCCUAAAGGACAGUGGUCAUGAAGAAAGUGACCAGACUGACAGCGAGCAUGAUGUACAAAGGGGCCAUUAUGCUGAUACAGCUGUGAAUGAUGCAAUCAAUAUGACUGUGACCCCCAGCAGCUGCCAGCUAUCAGAUCCAGUUCUUGCAGAAGGAUUCCACUGCCAGGACGAGUGUCGGAUCCUGGGCCACUCAGACCGCUGCUGGAUGCCACGUGUGCCAAUGCCAGCACAUAUCAAGUCACCUGAGCACAGUCGUGACAUCAUUGCCCUGUCUAUUGAGGCUACAGGCAUGGACGUGUCACAUUAUGAGGACUGUGGAACCACAAAAAGGACUUUUGCUACAUUUGGUAAGGAUGGGCCUGAAGAGGAGCCAAAAAGCAAGAGGACAAAUGCGAUGACCACAGGCAUUUGCAGCCCUAAAGCUAACAGUGGUAUUCGUGAGGCUGGAAAUGGGCGUGAAGCCAUCAGCCCCAUAACUUCACCUUCACAUGGUAAGAGUCCGCAGUCCAAACCACCAACCGGCUACAACGCAUUGAAAUACUGCGAUGUUGACCGCAUUGCAAACCACGGUCUGCUGCGACAGCCAGAGGGCAAAGACAGUGAGACGGCCAUGCGUGAGAUCAACAUAAUACUGAAGGAUGAGCGGGAGAAGGAAUCUCCUUGUAGUACGCGCCUGAAGGACAUUGUGCUUUAACUAGCUUGCAGAUAGCCACACCUAGACUGCAAAUGCUGUUCUGAGUGUGUGUUUAUCUGGGACUGAAAGAAGGGGUUAUUGAUUCUCUAGGGAUAGAAAAUGCAUACUUUUAUUAGGUACCAAGAAAGUGUAUGCAGGUCUAAAAUGUGUCUGCCAGACUAAUUGAGAAACUAUGCUUUGUAGUAACAGGAAUUGUCUUGUUUUUCUUCUGAUUCUCUUUUGGCAAACAGUGGACAUGCAGGUCAGUGUUAAUCCUUAAGGGGGAAAGACCUAUUCAUGGACCAGGAGUGCAAUCAUAAUAGACUGCUUUUAGAUAAUAUUUUUUUUUUUGAGUGUGCAGUUUGCUUCAGCUGCCAAAUGGUCCCACUGUACCCAGAGAGAAUAAUCUAUUGUUCUGGAGACUUUCCAAUGUCCUGCACUGCCCAGCUCAAAUCUCCCAGCAUUGGUUGUACAUGAAUAUAAGAAUGCUCUGCAAGUACACAUUUCUUUAUUUCUUUCCUCAUCCAAGAGGAGAAUGCUGUUCAAGUUUCCUCAAAACAUUUCAAUAUGUUUAAUAUGAGUAAAUAAAAUUGUUAUAUGUGUUUAUUAGGACAAAUUAAGCUAACUCUCACAAUUCUCUGGUGUGGUGCAUUGUGAUGUGGUCUUGUUUUUUCACUUGCUUUUUUGUUUCAUUUUAUUUAUUUAUUUAUUAAUUUUUUACUUAUCUAUGGGACUAGGAUAGAGGGGGUCAUAGCUCAUGUACAGGGGUUACUGUAGACAUUUUUAAUAACCUGUUGUAAUGUGACAAUCCCUUUAAUGUUUUGAUCCAAGAAAAAAAAUACACGCUGGUAUUCAAAUAAAGUUACGGUAGCAUUUGUUACAUACUCUCUAAACAAAGAAAUGUGAAAAUAUAUUUUAUAAAUAAUUAAAAAUAUCUAAUAUUAUUUACUGCUGUUGUUUUAUCAGCAAAAUACACUUGAUAGGCUUUUUGAAAGACAGAAUACUUUUGCUUUCAGCUGAUCUUAGAUUUUUAUUUAAUGUGUUAUCCCUGUUUAUUUCAGUCUUGUACAAAGUUUCUUAUUGGUCAGUUCUUGUGCAAUUAAGUUUAUAUGUGGGGAAAAUACAGGGAAAAGGCAAAAAGCACUAAAAGUUGUGCAUCAGCUCAAUGAGCUUAGAGUGUUGUAGGAAAAGAAAUGUUAAAAAUGAAAAAGUAAUCCACUUGUCACUGGUUGUUGCUCAUUGUUAAAAUGCACUUAAUGACAUGGAUCAGGCCUGUUUUUGUAGUAAGGAAAGGUACUCUACUUACCAGUGAAGUACUAUCUGGGGCACUCAAUAUAUUUCAUGGGUAUUAACUUUUAUGUAGCUACAUUCGUCUGAAUAGAUUUGAAAAGCAUUCCAGUUAUGACUAGUACAGUGAUGCCAGUAUGUAUUUUAUUGACAGGAUUGCAUAAAUUAGUUGGAAAUGUUGGAAUGGAAGGUGGUGUAAUUAAAAAUUUGAAAACUGUUUGAGGAUCGGUUGAGGUGGUUAAAAUGCAAAUUAUAUAGAUCCUGUACCUGAAUGUCUUUGCUGGUUUUAACAACAGUGAGAACACUGAAUUAUCACUGAAUGUACAUUGUGGAUUAUUAUUAAACUAUUAAAUGUUGUCCA